CACCGGAAAGGUCUCCAAGCGUAUAAAAGGAGGCAUGCACUAGAGUAAUUUGAGAAUAUCUUUAAAAGUUUUGGAAAGUAUUUUUAAACUAUUUGAAUCUUGUACUCAUCUCCAGACCUACACGACGAUGGAAUAUUAUUUUUUCCCGUAUUAUUUCCUAUUUCUUGCGCACGUUUCCGGAUUGCCACCAAGAGAAGCUUGUCUCUUACAAGUGGAUGAAGGACCUUGCCGAGCUAACUUUCAGCGUUACUACUACAACACAUUCACGCAACAAUGCGAAGAAUUUAGUUAUGGUGGGUGCUUAGGAAACAGCAACAAUUUUAUGACCUUUCAAGACUGCCAGAAAACAUGCUGGAAGAUACCAAAGGUUCCCAGGAUCUGUAGGUUUGGGAAGGAUGAGGGCUCUUGUCGGGCACUCUUUAAGAGAUACUUCUUCAACAUGACCUCCAUGCGGUGUGAGGCAUUCGACUAUGGGGGCUGCAAAGGCAACAACAACCGAUUCACUGAUCCGGUUGCCUGUAUGGAAUACUGUGAACCUCAUAAAACAACCCCUGCCCUCUGCCUUGGGCCACUGGAUAAGGGACCUUGCGCUGCAUCCAUACCACGGUAUUAUUAUAAUGCAGCCUCCAAGUCCUGUGAGGAGUUUUUGUAUUCAGGGUGUGGAGGGAGUGGCAAUAACUUUAUUACAAGGGAAACCUGCACAGAUGUGUGCGUGAAAGGAAGGAAGGCACUGAAACACAAUUCAAGCUCAGUAAAGAUGCGAAUACCAGUCAAAAGAAAAUUAUUUGGGGCCGGUGGGUUAAGGGGUUAAUUGUUUGUACCGUUUGACCCUGAAUGUAUAUUGACCAAAUGCUUUCAGCAUAGAUUUUAAAAUGUUAUAGUGUUAGUAUUGUUGUGCAUUGUUAUGCAAUUUCCAGUUUUAUUUUGAAAACAAAAUACCUACUGUAAGCUCUACUUGCACUAUAUUUGACUGCAACAUAAAAUGUUGGACUUUUGUUACAGCUUUAUGAUGGUAAUUGAACGCAUUAUUAAAUGUUUGAUACUUUA